GAUAUUCGCAGGACCACCCCAGCAGGCUUCCGUUUUGAUCACUGAUUUAAACCCGACAAUUCAAUGGGUGGUUGCAGUGUUGUUGGUGUCGCUCACACCCCGUUCCCGCUACCUAUAUGAGAGCCCCAGAUUUUUAGCACGAGGAGAGCUGAGCUGGUGGGGGAAAGCAGAGGACGGAAGGAGGCGCAUUCAUGAGCUCCCUGUAUGAUAUCUCCUGCUUCGCCGCCGGCCUUGCUGGCAACAUCUUCGCGCUCGCCCUCUUCCUGUCGCCGGUGCCGACGUUCAAGAGGGUGGUGAAGGCCAAGUCGACGGAGCGGUUCGAUGGGCUGCCCUACCUGCUCUCCCUCCUCAACUGCUGCAUCUGCCUCUGGUACGGCCUCCCCUGGGUCUCCGACGGCGGCAGGGCCCUCGUCGCCACCGUCAACGGCACCGGCGCGCUGUUCCAGCUCGCCUACAUUUCGCUCUUCGUCUUCUACGCCGACAGCCGGAGCACACGGCUCAAGAUCAUGGGGCUCCUGGCGCUCGAAGCCUUCGUGUUCGCGAUCAUCGCGCACGCGAGCAUCGCCUUCUUCGACCAGCCGGCCCGGCAGCUGUUCGUCGGCAGCGUGAGCAUGGCGUCUCUGAUCUCCAUGUUUGCCUCCCCACUCGCCGUCAUGGGUUUGGUGAUCCGGACCGAGUGCGUGGAGUUCAUGCCCUUCUACCUGUCUCUCUCCACCUUCCUGAUGAGCGCCUCCUUCGCAAUGUACGGCCUCCUGCUGCGCGACUUCUUCAUAUACCUCCCCAAUGUCAUUGGAGUCAUCCUGGGAGCAAUGCAGCUGGUGCUGUACGCUUACUACAGCAGGAAAUGGAACGGCAGCGAAUCGUCGGCACCGUUGCUCGCCUGAUCAAAACCGAGUUGAUCAGUCAGCUGGUUGUGCCGCCGCUGGGAUUCAGGAAAGAGGAGGGCGAUGGGUGCUUUGCAGGGGAGCGAGAGAUGCUACUACUGGCAGUCUAUACGUUGUGUUGUCCUUGUCAGUGCGCUGUACAGGUUGUUGGCCUUGAGACCCUUGUCCCCCGUUGUUUCUCUUCACAUAUCUGUAGUGGGAGCGGGGGGAACAGAAGGGAAAACAUCCAUCUGAAUUCCCUUCCUCCUCGGUAUUUGUCUGCAAGAUUAUUUCACCUGUCGAUAUUAGGAUUUAUUUUCUUUCUAGAUACUAUUAGGCAUCGUGCAUUUAUGCUGAUACAUCUAAGCACUUCAACAUGCUGGUGGUGCAGUUUUGUUUCGGGA